UAUAUGUCUGCUCAAUACAAGGGCUAUUGCACAUGCACAGAAGCCACCCAGGACAGAUGCAUGCAGAAGCCUGAGUGAGAAGGAUGCUGCAGAAUGCUCCAUGCUACAGAAGGAAUUCCCAUCUAGACAGUGGAACACCAGCAGCAUCUCAGAGAUCCCCCUCCUCCCCCUCCUCAUUUCAUUGCUACUACACUGCAGUAAAAUGGAUUUAAUCUCUCAGCCUCCCCCUUUACUCCAGCCACCUCAUGUGUUUGCAGUGUCAUAAUUCCUCAUGUUCUGCUCCAGAUGACUUGUGCACCUUGAAUGAAUUGAGUGGAUGAAUGGAUGGAUACAAAGGGGCUCCUGCAUCUUGUCCUCCUGCCAGGGACUGAGGAGGACCAUACAAGCCCAUGCUCUCCUACCAGGCAGACAUGCUAUGGGUUUCUCCUCUGAAGAAGCCAACAUCAAAGAAGGAAGCUUUGUUACUGCAAGAGCAAAUAAUCCCCAGGACAAGAGCUGAUCAGAGGGAGAAGAGGGGCAGUCUUGUUGGAGCCCCCCCAGAUCAAUAUUUGGCAGGCUUGCUGCAACUUGCUGCAGUCUAGAGCAGAGUAGAAGAAGAGUGCAUAGCAAGUGACCAAGGAGGGCAAAGCCCCACAUAUGUCACAUGUGCUUCCUAAGGCCACCUGGAGCAUCAUCAGUGGUGGUGAGCAGGAUCUGCUGGAGGAUGCUGCGGCAGGUGAUCCACAGAGGGCUCAAGUCAUUCUUCUACAAGCUGGGCUUAUUCGUCAGCAGGCACCCAGUGUUUUUCCUCACUCUCCCUGCAGUCCUCACCAUCAUCUUUGGCUUCCUCUUCCUCAGUCGCUACAAGACAGACAGUGACCUGGAAGCCCUGGUAGCCCCAAGCCACAGCCUGGCCAAGAUAGAGAGAAGCCUGGCCAGCAGCCUCUUCCCCCUAGAACAGUCCAAGAAGCAGCUGUACUCGGACCUGCACACCCCAGGGAGGUAUGGAAGGGUGAUCCUGCUGGCCAAGCCUGGGGGCAACCUCCUGCUGCAGGCUGACCACAUCCUCCACAUCCACCGGGCUGUGCUGGACAUGAAGGUGAACUACAGGGGCUACAACUACACCUUCUCCCAUCUGUGUGUGCUGGGCAAUGAGGACAAGAGGUGCCUGCUGGAUGAUAUCAUAGCAGUGCUGGAGGAGAUCAGGGCAGCCACUCUCUCCAAUACCACAACCAGCAAGGUGGCAGUCACCUACCCCAAAACCAAACUCAAGAAUGGAAGACAGAGUUUCAUUGGGCACCAGUUGGGGGGUGUUGCCGAAGUCCCGAAUAGCAAGGAUCAAAGGGUCAAGUCUGCAAGAGCCAUUCAAAUGACCUACUACCUCCAGAAUUAUGGCUCCUCCACCCAAGACCACAUCAACGAACAAUGGGAAACUGAAUUUUGCACACUAAUUCACCAGCUGCAAGAAGAACAUUCAGAUAUCCAGAUGUAUUCAUUGACAUCCUUCAGCUUGCUCAGAGACUUUCAAAAAACCAUAGAGUUGACUAGAAGUAAGAUUGUGGUGAGUCUUAUGCUGGUUCUUCUGGCCGCCACUCUUUCCAGCUCUAUGAAAGACUGUCUAAGGAGCAAGCCUUUCUUGGGUCUACUUGGAGUACUCACUAUUUGUAUCUCCAGUGUCACCGCGGCAGGGAUAUUUUUCGUAACGGGUGGAAAAUAUAACUCAACUCUACUGGGAAUACCAUUCUUCGCUAUGGGUCAUGGGACUAAAGGGGUAUUCGAACUUCUUUCUGGAUGGAGAAGAACCAGAGAAACUUUGCCUUUUAAGGACAGAGUGGCAGACGCUUACUCCGACGUAAUGGUCUCAUACACCAUGACAAGCUCCCUCUACAUCAUCACAUUCGGAAUGGGAGCGAGUCCUUUUACAAAUAUAGAGGCGGUCAAGAUAUUCUGUCAGAACAUGUGCAUCACCAUUGUCCUGAACUACUUCUAUGUCUUCUCCUUCUAUGGCUCCUGUCUAGUCUUUGCUGGCCAGCUGGAGCAAAAUCGUUACCACAGUAUUUUUUGUUGUAAAAUUCCUUCGGAGGAGUAUUUGGAUAGACAACCGAUAUGGUUUCAGACCAUGAUGAGCGAUGGGCAUCAACAUUCCUCCCACCACGAACCAGACCCCUACGAGAACCAUUUCAUUCAACAUUUCAUUCGAGAACAAUAUAAUGACUGGAUCACAAAUACAUACGUCAAGCCCUUCGUGGUCAUCCUAUACCUCAUCUAUGCAUCGUUCUCGUUCAUGGGCUGCCUCCAAAUUACCGGUGGGUCGAAUAUCAUAAACCUUUUAGCAAGUGACUCUGCAAGUGUUUCUUAUGCAUUUAUACAGCAAAAGUAUUUUAGCAACUACAGUCCUGUGAUCGGAUUCUAUAUUUAUGAGCCUCUCGAAUACUGGAAUGCAACAGUUCAGGAAGACUUGAAGACUUUAAGCUAUGGAUUCAACACGGAGUCUUGGAUGGAACAGUUUUACCAGUUCUUAAAAGUUGGCAAUAUUUCCGCCUCCAACAAAACUGACUUUAUCAACGUCCUCCAGAAUGGUUUUCUGAGGAAACCAGAAUUUCAACACUUCAAGAACGACAUAAUCAUAUCCAGGUCGGGCGAAGAGUCGAAUAUCAUCGCUUCUCGAAUGUAUCUGGUGGCCCGGACGAGUGAGAACACCCAACGAGAGGUAGUGGAACUGCUUGAAAAGUUGAGGCCACUCUCCUUGAUACAAAGCAUUAAGUUCAUCGUGUUCAACCCUACCUUUGUUUUUAUGGACUACUAUGGCCUGGCUGUUACUAUGCCUGUUCUGAUCUCUGGUUUUAGUGUUUUGCUGGUGUUGAUUUUGACCUUUUUCUUGGUUAUUCACCCUUUGGGGAACUUUUGGCUGAUCAUUACCGUCACGUCUAUUGAGUUGGGUGUGUUGGGCCUAAUGACAUUAUGGAAAGUUGACAUGGAUUGCGUAUCGAUCCUGUGCCUUAUGUACUCUUUGAAUUUUGCCAUAGAUCACUGUUCCCCUCUGCUAUACACAUUCGUCUUAGCCACUGAGCACACGAGAACUCUAUGCAUACAAGAUUCCCUCAAGGAGCAUGGCACAGCUAUAGUCCAGAAUGUUGUAUCGUUUCUCAUCGGGCUGGUACCCCUUCUGUUUGUGCCUUCGAACUUGACCGCCACACUGUUUAAAUGCUUGCUGCUGACUGGUAGUUGCACGCUACUGCACUGUUUCGUCAUUUUGCCUGUUUUCUUAACCUUUUUCCCUCCUUCUAAGAAGCGUCACAAGAAAAAGAAAAGGGCCAAAAGGAAGGAGCGAGAGGAGAUCGAAUGCAUAGAAAUUCAGGAAAAUGCAGAUCAUGUGACUUCGGUUUGAGCCAAUUCGAUAAGAAGUCACAUAGACUGGACCUUCACAGGGAAAGUAGGCAAAAAAAAAUCAGCUGCUUGCUCCGGCCAAAGUCGCGAGAUAUAUUAAGAAGGGGUAUUUUUUGAAACAUCAAGGUGCAAGAUUUUUUUAUACUUUUUUAUAAAAGAAAAAACUAAAAUAAUUCUACGGUCUGAUUUUGUAUUACCUCAUUUUCAUAAUGACUCUGUUUGGUGGAAAUAGGGGGUCGAGCCAGUAAUCCCCUCUUGUCUGCAGUUGUUUCGGUAUUUUCACUAGAGCAAAAAAAUAAUAAUAAUAAUUUAUUAAAUUCUAUUUGUAUGAUUAUGUUCUGUUGUUGCAUUAUGCAUUCUCGCCUUUAUGCAUUCUCGUAAUGAAAAUGCUAAUGUGAACAGAGCCCACAAGAACCUUGCGGGUGGAGUUUUGGGCAUCAAACACAUGGGGCAGAUUUACUUUUUGCACCUUUAUAACUGGCGCACAUGCGUUGCACCACGCUUAUUGAAUUUUGUCUGACAAAGGGGCGUGGCUCCACAUGAAGCAAAAGGCACCAAAAAUGUUGGUAAAAUGUUGAUGUUAGGUAAACCAAACAAUAGGGGGUAUAAAGUAACACCAGCUUGCCCAGCAGCAGUAUACUAAUAGAGCUGGAGAAGAGGUACAUAAUUGCUUUAUAUACUGAUCCCAUAGAUAUAGCAGCAGCAGUAUACAGAUAGGGUGGGGAGGGGAGAUGUAUAACUACUAUAUAUUUUUAUCCCAUACAGAAAGCAGCAGUAUACAAAUAGAGUUGGAGGGGAGGUGUAUAACUACUUUAUUUCCUGAUUGAAUAGAGAUUGCAGUAGCAGUAUUUAGAUAGAGCUGUAGGGAAGGUAUAUAACUACUAUAUAUGCUGAUCCCAUAGAGAUGGCAAGAGAAGUAUACAGAUAGAGCUGGAGGGGAGAUCUAUAGCUACUAUAUAUCCUGAUACCAUAGAGAUAGCAGCAGUAUACAGAUAGAGGUGGAGGGGAGGUAUAUAACUACUAUAUAGCAUAAUUCCAUAGAGAUAGCAGCAGCAGUAUACAGAGAGAGCUGGAGGGGAGGUGUAUAACUACUAUUUAUCCUUAUCCCAUAGAGAUAGCAGCAGUAUACAGAUAGAGCUGGAGGACAGGUAUAUAACUACUAUAUAUCCUGAUCCCAUAGAGAUAGCAGCAGUAUACAGAGAGAGCUGGAGGGGAGGUGUAUAACUACUAUUUAUCCUUAUCCCAUAGAGAUAGCAGCAGCAGUAUACAGAUAGAGCUGGAGGGGAGGUUUAUAACUACUAUAUAUCCUGAUCUCAUAGAGAUAGCAGCAGUAUACAGAUGGAGCUGGGGGGUAUAACUACUAUAUAUCCUGAUCCCAUAGAGAUGAUCUGCUUGAAUUAAACAGAUGGCGCUGUAGGACUAGUGAUGGUGAGUGUGCAUGAUAGGGGCUAAAAACACUUGGAGUGCUUCUUUAAGAGAAGUAAAGCAAUUCCUUCAGUUGAACUUGAUGGUGAUGCCGUCAUAUAUCCGGUAAAUGUUGUAUAAACGUAAUUUAAAUGCCACGUACAGUAUAAAAAAAUGUCACUACCCUCGGUUCAUAACUUUUAAUUUAGUCCCUAAAAGGAAACCUGUCAUCAGAUUUUACCGUACAUAACAUGUGGCAACGCUUUAUAUUUAGUAAAAUUUUCUUCCUUACCAUCCCUGCAUACAUUCCUGCCCACAGCAAUGGUGAAGAUGUGAAGUUUGAAAGGUGUCCCCGUCUGCCUUUAAGUAGUCCCCUGGGAGGUAGCCAUCCUCUUCUAGCCCCGUCUGCUGCGGCUGUAGUCACGCCCCCUUAGCGUGAUUGACAGCCCGUGUCACUGCUCUACUCCCUAAGCAGAUCAAUGACGUGGGCCGUGUCUGGGCUGUCAAUCACACUGAGGGGGUGUAAUUACAAGAAGAACAGAUGAGACUAGAAGAGGAUGGCUCCCGCCCAGGGGACUACCCACGAGCCAGGGCAGGACACCUUUUGCCGCAUUAUAUAUGGUAAAAUCUGAUGUCAGGUUCCUUUUAAUAAAUAACAGAUUAAUAUAUUGUAAUGUUAGCACCACCUACUGGUCACUGCUGCCAUUUGCAGCCCUACCAUAGAAAACGCAAGUAGUAGCAGCUACUUUUUUUUUUUUAAUCUUUGGGAUAAUAACUUUAUUACAUUAUAAAACCCAUUAGGAAUUAGGAAUUAUUUGAGGGGGCCCAUUGCAUUUCCUUGCAUUACAUUGACAGCUUAUUUAUUUUACACCGUGCAAUGCUUCAAAUGUCCUGUGGUGGUGCUGCGGGUAAACUGAACCCCUUCGGCCAGGUUCUCCCACUGAUCACAUAUGAUCGCUGGAGCAGCUGGUAAUGUUCUAUGAUCAUCGACCCUUGUAACAAAGGGGGAUCGUAAAAAAAAGAAAGUGGACAACCCCUUUAAGGGUUAUGGACAGAUGUCCUUUUUCUCUCGCACAUGGGGAUUAGAGGCUAAAAGACAAGGGUUUAAAGGGGUUAUUCAGGAAUAGAAAAACAGAGCUAAUUUCUUUCAAAAACAGCUCCACUGCUGUCCCCAGGUUGUGUGUGGAAUUAAAACUUGGCUCCGUUCACCUCAAUGGAACUGAUCUGCAGAACCACACCCAACCACACCCAACCAAUUUUAAGAAAUUAGCUCAGUUUUUCAAUUCCUGGAUAACCCCUUUAAAGGGGUACUCUGCCCCUAGACAUCUUAUCACCUAUAUUAUCUCCAGACCCCUAUAUUGUGGGGCUGUCCCAAUCAGCUUUGUGUAAGUUCUUUAUUUGACAAUAAAACUGAUUAGCACAGUUCCACAAUAUAGGGGUCUGGAGGUAAUCAGUGCUCCACAACCUAUGUCCGAUGGGACCUCUAGAUGUUGCAAAACUACAUCUACCAGCAUAUCCACACAGCUAAUGGCAUGCUGGAAGGAGUUGUACCUCUGAUAAAGCUGGAGGGCCACCGUUUGGAGACCCCUACUCUAUAUUGCCAGAACUUAAAGGGGACAAAGAUUGAGGAGCACUGAUUACCUCCAGACCCCUAUAUUGUGGGGCUGUCCUAAUCAGCUUUAUGUAAAAAAAAUGGUAUAGGGGAUACUCCAGUCAGGGGUCUUGCAGGGUCAGGGGUCUUGUAAUGUUGGGAGGUAUGACUAUACCAACUGGGAGUUGUAGUUCGGCAACAUCAGGUCCACAGUUUGGAGGUCACCCAUUAAAAGCAAGGGUAUUCCAGUGCAAGAUGCCGAUCAUUUCAUCCUGAAUUGACACAUGCCACCUCAAAAAUUAUGUUAAAAUUGCAAAAAAAAAAAUUUUACUUUCCAA